AUGAGUGACUUCAAACGUUCCGCACACCUCCUGAAGGAGUUGAUCGUUCGAAUUCCUCUCAUUUUGAAGACACUGGUCCUCCAUGGCAUCCAAAUGUCGCCCGUAUCAGGCAAACAGGAUCUGCGCACGGAAAUUACCACUGCGAUCAUUCGCUCCUUCAUGACCUUCAGCACUCCUGUCGAUAAGACGCAGAAGGAUAGCAUGCGUGACCCAGGGAUCAAGGGUCCUAUGUGGGUCUCAAAGAUCACCUUGCCUCGGCCAGAGUUUGAUGUACGCGAUGCAGUGGUUCGCGCCAUCGAAGACCUCAAGACAACGGGCAAUGAGACCUUCAUUAUGCCUCCAGUUGCCGCCGUGGAGGCCGAGUGGACGGGGUAUCGCAGCGGCGUGGGCAAGAACACCCCUCAACCCGACCUGACGGAGGAAGAGAAAUACCAGGAGCUUCGCAGAGAGUCUUCCUCGGAUAUGACAAUUCUCUAUUUCCAUGGCGGUGCCUAUUUCCUCAUGGAUCCCUGUACGCAUCGGGUACCUGUGGCUCAUCUAUCGCGUCUAACGGGUGCCCCCGUGCUCUCAGUUCGCUACCGACUGGCGCCGCAGAAUCCCUUUCCCGCGGCGCUGGUGGACGCCUUGACGGCGUAUCUGUCGUUGAUUCACCCGCCUCCUGGUGCGCUCCACAAGCCAGUUCCAGCAAACAAAAUCGUCAUUGCAGGUGAUUCAGCGGGCGGCAACCUGUCUCUCGUCCUUUUACAAACUCUGCUGGCCCUGAAGCGCGCAUCUCGACCGGUUCGCUUCCACGGGCAAGAUGUGGACAUUGAGCUGCCGGGUGGUGUGGCUGUCAUCUCACCCUGGUGUGAUAUGACUCGAUCCAUGCCCUCUAUCGUCCACAACGUCAAGUACGACUACCUGGACAUGAGAGGCACACCUUCCGAGGAUCCUGAAGAACCCUCGGUAAUGCCACCAGUGCCUUUCCCACCAGGCUCUAUUUGGCCCGUGGACCCUCCUCGGGUCGACCUCUUCACCAACGCCAACAUGAUGCUCCAUCCUCUUACAUCGCCCCUUGCGGCCAAGCCGGAACAGUGGAAAGAUGCCCCUCCCGUAUUCAUCUCAACGGGGGAAGAGCUCCUCACGGAUGAAGGUCUCAUCUUGGCACGGCGCAUGCAUCAGGCCGGAGUGCCGGUAGUCGUCGAACAAUUUGAGGGAAUGCCUCAUUGCCACGGCCUGAUCAUGAUCUCCACGCCGACUGGGAAGCAAUUCUUCAAGAAUAUGUCCGAGUUUUGCCAAGAUGCUGCAGCGGGCCGAGUCACGUCUACAGGCCAGAUGACCUGGUACGCAAAGGGCUUGAAGACUUCUCGCGAGGUGCCCCUGACUGAAGUCUUGGAACUGGAUGAAGAUCGUGUCGAUGCUCGGAUGCGUAAAUCUGCCAGUUGGCUGGUUCGUGAUGAGGAGGCGCUGUUGAAGGAGUGGCGUGCACAGGCUAAACUAUAG